GGGGACCUGAUUGAGAUCAAGCGUCCAUUUUACCAGCACUGGGCCAUCUACGUGGGAGGUGGAUAUGUCAUCCAUGUGACACCUAUAGGUGAUAAUUCCCCCCCCACAUCAGCCAGUAGUGUUUCAUUAGUCAUUAGAAGGGCGAAGGUGAAGAAAGAGCUCUUGGAGGAUGCGGUUGGAAAACAUGACUGGGAUGUCAACAACAAGUAUGACGAGUACCGCGAGCCUUUCCCUGUGGAGGAGAUCAUCCGGCGUGCUGAGAGCCAGAUUGGCAAGGUUGUGCUGUAUCGUUUGUUCUUCAGGAACUGUGAGCACUUUGUGACGGAG